AUGGCAUUCAUGCAAAAUAACCUCAUUACCUUUUCAGAACACUUCCCAAGCCCAGGUCUGUGGCUGUCUUUACUUUUGGGACUUUGGGCUGUCUACAUUCUUGCUGUGACCGCCUAUCGCCUAUACUUCCAUCCCCUGGCCCGGUUUCCCGGGCCCAAGGUUGCUGCUGCUACACAUCUCUAUGAGAUAGCCUGGGACUACCUGGGCAAAGGGGCUUACCUCUAUGAGAUAGAAAGGUUGCACAGAAAAUAUGGUCCUAUCAUUCGAGUAAAUCCGGAAGAAAUUUCAAUCAACGACCCAACGUACUACAACACUUUGUAUGUGGGCGGUGCCGUAAGACGAACCAACGCCUAUGCCCAUUUUGGGGAUGGUAUGGACUUCAAUGGUUCCCACGGCAUGACCGUAGAUCAUGAUCAUCACAGGCUUCGUCGGAAACCUAUGGAGCCUUUCUUCUCCAAGAACGGGGUUGCUCGUCUGGAGUCUCGACUUCACGAACUGACGGUCACCAUGAUACAGCGUCUCACGGAGUUGAAAGGCACUGGUAAAGUUGUCAGGCUUGACCACGUCUUCGCCGCCAUGGCAGGUGAUGUAGUCAAUGUCGUCUGCAUCGCGAAUCCUACUAUGUCAUUCUUGCGCCAUCCAGACUUUAAUCCCGACUGGUACAACCUGUUCCAUACGCUCAUCAGGUCGAUGCCGAUAUUCAUGAAUUUCCCUUCGCUCAUCAAACUUGUGAGGCUUGUCCCCACCUCACUGUUGGAGCGUCUCGAUCCCCGGAGCCAGAUGUUCCGGGACUGGCGAAUUAUGUCCGUGAACCACAUAGUCGAUGCAAAGCGACGAAAGGAGAAAGGUCUUACUUUUGUGGACGAGAACGACAAGAUGAAGUGCGAGACGCUUUUCGAUCACAUCGUCAACAGCGAUUUGCCAGAGUCUGAAAAGUCCGUAGAGCGUUUGGCGUCCGAGGCCCAGGUCGUCAUGGGUGCGGGCACCGUAACAACGGCACGCACGAUGGACUAUCUUGCUGUGCAUAUCCUACUCAAUGAACACAUCCACAAUCGGUUACGAGAAGAGCUCAAGGGUCCCAUGAAGGACUUCCCUGAAGUUAUUCCCUCUCUAGCGGAGCUCGAACGUCUUCCCUUUCUCCAAGCUUGCAUUAAGGAGGCUUUACGUCUAAGCCCUGGGUUGACACAUCGGCUUCCUCGGGUAUCGCCUGAUGUCGACCUUAUCUACAAAGAUUGGGUGAUUCCUCGAGGUACACCUGUUGGCAUGUCAGCUUGGUACAUGCAUACGGAUCCAGCAGUCUACGAUGAUGCAAUGAAGUACCGCCCAGAGCGGUGGUUAGAGAACGUGACACCCGAGAUGAUUCGAAACUAUGUACCCUUCACCAAAGGUUCCCGCCGAUGUCUUGGAGUGGAAUUAUCAUACGCCGAAAUCACCCUCGUGUUCGCAGCUUUGUUCUGUCCGCAAGGGCCGAAACUGAGGUUGUUCAAAACCAGCGCGGUAGAUGCAGACCCAGCUUGUCAUUUUCUUUUACCAUUGCCUCGUCUGGAAAGUGAGGGCAUCCGCGUCAAAGUUGAGGGCUGA